AUGGAUAAAUCCUGGAUGGGUAAAGAUGGGUUAUCACCAGAAUACGCUGAGGGGGUUGAGGCCUUCUUGAAAUAUGCCACAGAUCAUGUUUCUGAAGCUGGAAUAGAUGACGAAGACACUCCUGUUUCCAUAUUAUGCCCGUGCAGGUGGUGUAUGAAUGGUGGUAAACCAAUAAAAGUGCAUGAAGUGAGAAUCCAUCUGUAUGUGAAGGGCAUCAAUCAAAAAUACACGACAUGGGCUCCACACGGAGAAGAAACACCCAUUGAUGAUAAUACCAGAUCACAUGCUUCACAUAAUGCUGAUGUUCAGUAUGAGUUUGGAGAUUAUGAAGAUAAUGAAGAUUUACCGGAUGAUGCAGCAGCAGUAGUUGCACUGGUUCAGGCUAUACACGACGAGUUUAUAGGACAUCCAGAGAAUUUUCAAAAAUUGAAACAAGAUGCGAAAAAACCACUUUAUCCUAGCUGUAAAUCCCAUACAAAGAUGUCGGCAUUGCUUAAGCUCUUUAACAUGAAAUCAAAAGGUGCAUGGUCCGAUAAGAGUUUCACAGAAUUAUUGAAAGAGUUAAAAAAUAUGCUCCCUCCGGACAAUGAAUUUCCUAUGUAUCUGUACGAGGCUAAGAAAACUCUUAUGGCAUUAGUAGUGGAAUAUGAAAAAAUACAUGCAUGUCCCAAUGAUUGUUUGCUUUACAGGAAGAAAUACAAAGAUGAUAAUUUUUGCAUGACCUGCGGAGUUUCAAGAUGGAAAGAAAAGAAGGAGCCGUCAGACACAAGUAAAGGAGUGCCUGAGAAAGUGAUGUGGUAUUUUCCACCUAUACCUAGAUUUAGAAGGAUGUCUGGAAAUCCAGAGAUAGCAAAAGACCUGACAUGGCAUAAUCUUAAAAGAGUUGCAGAUGGUAAACUACGUCAUCAUGUUGACUCCCCCGCAUGGAAACAAGUUGACAGUAAAUGGCCAGAGUUUGCCCGAGAACCCCGAAAUUUGCGGUUAGGCCUUUCUAAUGACGGGUUCAAUCCAAACAAUAACUCAGUCGGUGGAAAUUAUAGUUGUUGGCAUGUUAUGUUAGUUACUUAUAACCUUCCACCUAGCUUGUGUAUGAAAAGAAAAUUCAUUAUGUUAACGAUGUUGAUAUCAGGUCUUAAACAUCCUGGAAACGACAUUCAUGUCUAUUUGGCACCUCUCAUUGAAGAUUUGAAGAAGCUAUGGAAGAAAGGAGCUGAAGCUUAUGAUUCCUACAAAAAGGAGAAAUUCAAUUUCAGAGCCAUACUUUUAUGGACGAUAAGUGACUUUCCAGCCUAUGGUAAUCUUAGAGGUUUCCCUAAAGGAGGAUAUAAUGCCUGCCCAAUUUGUGCUGACCGUAGUUCUUCUAUUAGGAUUAAAUACUCACAAAAGAAUGUUUAUACCAGUCAUAGAAAGUUUCUUCCAAGAAAACACAAGUUUAGAAUGGGAACAGAGGCUUUUAAUGGUCAGCAGGAGCUGGACCCUGCUCAAAAACCUUAUUCUGGUGAAGAAGUAUUCAGUCAGGUUGAAGCGAUAGAGAAUUUGUGGGGAAAGAAAGUGAAAAGUAUUGUUGGGACAUUAUUGAACAUACCCAAAAAAAUCAAAGAUGGUUGCAAUGCUCGUAAAGACCUUGAAGAUUUGGGGAUGCGGCCUGAAUUGGAACCUAAGGAAAAUGGUAAAAAAGCAUAUCUCCCUCCUGCGUGUUUCAGAUUAACAGCACAAGAAAAAAAAACUUUCUGUAAAACCUUGUCCGAGUUGAAGGUUCUCACAGGUUACUGUUCGAAUCUGAAAAACCGGGUUUCGAUGUCGGAUUUGAAGUUGUAUAGUUUAAAGUCGCAUAAUUAUCACACACUUAUGCAAGAAUUUCUUCCUUUAGCUAUACGAUCCAUUUUUCCUAAGCAUGUGCGGUAUGCUAUAAUCAGAUUAUGCUUUUUUUUCAAGGAAAUCUGCACCAAAGAGGUUGAUGUCGAUCACUUGACAGAAGUACAAAACGACUUGGUGGUUACGUUAUGCUUAUUAGAAAAAUACUUUCUUCCGUCUUUCUUUGAUAUCAUGGUUCAUUUAACCGUGCAUCUAAUUCGAGAAGUUAGAUUAUGUGGACCAGUUUGCUUCAGAUGGAUGUAUCUGCUUGAAAGAUUUAUGAAGGUUCUAAAAGGAUAUAUUCGAAACCGGAAUCGCGUAGAAGGCUGCAUUUCCGAGGGAUAUAUUAUGGAGGAGGCGAUGGAGAUAUGCUCUGAGCAACUAAAUAUUGUAACCAUCGGUGUUCCUACCGAUAAGAGUGCUCAAAAACACAAAAACGAAGAGAGUACAAGCCUUAUUUCUGAAGGGAAACCACUAUCGACUCCUAAGCAACAUAAAGUCAGUGAAACAUUACUGAAACAGGCACACCUAACUGUACUAAAUAACUCAACGGAUGUGCAGCCUUACAUUGAGUUACACAUGUCGCAUUUGAGGGAUGAAUCUUCGGAUAAAUCAAAAGAAUGGUUGUUGAAAGAGCAUAUCAAAACAUUCAGUGAUUGGCUAGAGAAAAAAUUAAGUACAGUACUUGUAGAAGAAGAACUACAGAAUCCAAAUAAUGAUAUUUCGCAAGAUUUAGAGUGGAUAGCAUGUGGCCCAAGUCACUACUAUUCAAAGUUGAAGGAUAUGAAGUCAGUGGUUAUCGUUAUCACACCGAGGACCGGGAUACUAAAAGAUUUAAUCAAAAUAGCGGGGUAA